AUGCUCCGAUCGCAAGUUGACGAAUUCAGAAAAAGUUGCUCUCGAGUAAGUUCCAGAGGCUUUUAAUACUCGCUCUUGUUAGAAAGAAUACUACGAGAAGGUUGUGAGAGAUCAUUGUGAAGGCGGCGUCCGCGAGCAAGGAUAUUCUUUUCAGUUUCUUCACGAACUGCUCCUCAAUUCCACGGUUUACUUGUAAUUUAAAAAAAAACAGAGUAAGUCUUCAGGAGUCGCUGAAGAAUGUCGAUCGUGUGGUGGAAUUGAAUGGUCCGGUAGUGCUUUGUGGAGACCUGAGAAGUCAUUUCGGGGACCUUCUUCAAAUUUUCCAGGUUCUUUUGUUCGUAGUAGAAAUUUCCACUGUAUGGAGUCUUUUUCCAGAAGUGCGGCUGGCCUUUUGAUACCCGUUAUGCUUUUCUGGGAAACUAUUGUGACGGCAGAAGGUUCGAUUUGAUUUUGUUCUCUCACCACAGUCUCUGGUCCACCGGCGUUCGUUAAUCAGCGGUAGUUCCCCAGCUAACGUUGAAAAACAGUUUAACAGAGCAGAGCGGUAGCAUAUGUGGGGUAGUGAUGGUAUCCAGAUACCUAGUCGAUAUGAUAUACAGGUAAAAUAGAGAUGGUAGUCGACCACAGAUUAGCCUACGCCGAUUGAUUUUGGAAUAGAUAAGCAGUAGCUGCUGAUAUCCUCCUGAAUGACUUAUUGCUCUUUUGAAAAAAAGCUAAGACCGAUUGAAAAAUCUUCAUAAAAGUGUGAGAACGUGGGAGUGAAUCCGAACGGUUAAUUUUUUGAUUGCAGUUUCUCCCUUGAAACCUUGGUUCUUCUUUUGAGCUGCCAAAUCAGCUACCCGGACUCGUUUUACUUACUUCGUGGAGCUUUUGAACACGAUUUCAUCACGUGCAUACAUCUUAAAAAUCAAACAUUGAUAGCGUGGUUCCAGGAAAAACAGCAUGUUGGGCGAAAUUCGCGUGCGCUUUCCCAUCGAAAAUGAAUCUAAGCAGAUUGAACAUCAGCUCAAGAUCGUUUGGAGGUAUGGACAGUCCCCAAUUCAUCUGCCUUGUAUACCUACUUUGCAAAAAUCGGACCCUUAGAAGAAGGAAAUGCUCGGUUACUCCGAUUGAUUUCAGCUCGCUACCUCUUUCUCUAGUGCUGAACAAGAAAAUCGUUUGCACUAACACGGGUCUUUCUCCAACAACCUCGGAAACAGCCGUCAGUAUCAAAAAGUGGGUUCUGAAUAUUAAUAUUGCACUAAUUUCCCUCCGCACAUCUCGAAAAAUUCCAAAAAAGACAAAUCAACUGAGGAAGGCGAGUCUUCUCAGAGGAAGUUUUUUGAUACAUCAGAAACUUGUUUUUCUUUCAGCACAGUUGAAAACAAAGCCGUCAAAGUUGGCGUACUGUUUGAAGAAAAAAAGUCGCCGAACACAAAAAAAGCCAUCGGUUUGUUCGUAUUCAGGGGUGUGCAGUUCUCCGAGAUUUUUUAAAAAUAUCGAAUUUCAAUUUUAAAGUUGUUAGCUAAUAAAUCCUGCCAGAGUUUGAUUAAAAACGUUUUUUUAAAACUUUUUUUGCGGUGGUAAAUAAAUUUGAAUAAAUAGUUCUGCGAAUGAUCAAACCAAAUCAUUUAUUUUGUUGUUUUAGUCUGAUGUAAUCGACUUGGCGGUGAACAAGAACUUUAAAAGCUAUAACGAACAACCGCCUUUGGCGAACUAGAAGUCCAAACGUGUAGUCGAAAGAGUUGAAAGCAUGGUCAUACGGUCCUUCGCCCCGUGCUUCUGCGCGUAGUUCAUCCAGUUGCGCCUUGACGAGCUCAGAAUGUAGCGGAUGUGGUAGCUGGAGCCCGGAGACCGUGCUCUAGGUGGAAGCCUCAAAACGAGAGCGACCACUUCGAGUGAAGAUUUCACACGGAAUCAAUGAUAGUCAAAUAUACUUGAAACAAGUCUGAGAGAGCUUUAGAGGAAGAAACGAAGGCGAGAAAGGAGCUGUGCACAAAACUUGGAGCCAGUCUCUUCAUCCAUUCGAACAAGGUUUUUUCUCUCUUCUGACGAUCAACAUCUGCUUUUUUGCAGAUUAUUGAGAAAGGAUACGAGUUUCGGUUCGAAAACUCGGUCCUCAAUCUGUUCAGCGCCUCUGGAGUCGCAUCUACCUAUGACAAUCGUGCGGCUGUUUUGUCGGUUCGUGUUUUUUUUUUUUGGACUCGACGGUUCAACAAAAUCAGAUGGAUUCUGACAACGUGGCGCGUUUCGUCGACGUCUUCGGAGGCCGCGGCGUCGGCGGCCAAGUGGUUCCUCCCAGUCACGUUCUACACUUCUGA